ACGUAGUUCGUUACUGCUCUCGCAAACCUCUGAAUUCCGAGUGGCUGCAUAACUUACACACAUUGAACCGCGGAGACAGUCUGCACAUUUCAGAGACACUGAAGGGCAUUUUAUACUCUUUUAGGAUAUUUCGUUACGUGAAACCCCUCGGGCUCCGUGUAACAAUGGAGGCAUAUUUACGGAGUUGUCGUGAUGUGAUUAAGGGUUGUAGUAAGAACAGCCCAGGGCUGCAUGUCGUAAUGGGAAAUGAGGCUUGUGAUAUGGACUCCAUGGUAUCAGCCCUGACCUUCGCCUACUUUCUUUCAAAGAGUCUUGAUUGUAAGAGGAUGCCGGUCCCUGUACUCAAUAUCCCACGGGCUGAGUUCCCCUUACGCUCUGACAGCAUAUUUCUGCUGAGAGAGACCGGUCUGCCGCAGGACUGCCUGCUGUUCAGGGACGAGGUGGAUCUCCACGGCCUGCACAAAAACAAACAGCUAACGAUGACGCUGGUCGACCACAAUGUUCUGCCCAGUGCUGACAGUGAGCUGGAGGACACAGUUGUGGAAGUGAUUGACCAUCACCUCCUACAGAGACCUCCGUCCCCCUCCUGCCCAGUCACUGUGGAGACCGUGGGCUCCUGUGCCACCUUGGUGACAGAGCGCAUUGCCCAAAAAGCACCUGAGGUGCUCGACCAGCAAGUGGCUCAGCUUUUAUACGGUACCAUUAUCCUGGACUGUGUUAACAUGGCACCUGAGGCAGGUAAAGUCACCCCUAAGGACAGCCAGUACGCUGUCUUUUUGGAGAAACGUUUUCCUAAACUGCCUCAGAGGGGAGCUCUCUUUCAAUCGCUACAGAAUGCAAAGUUUGACGUGUCAGGGCUCUCUACGGAACAGAUGCUGUUGAAAGACAUGAAAGCAGCAUCUGCUGGGGAUCUAAAGUUGGCUGUCAGUGUCAUUUACAUGACACUAGAGGCUUUUCUUCAGAGGCGUGGACUACAGCAGGACCUCUGUGAGUUUUGCCACAAACACAACUACAACCUGGUGGUUGCCAUGACAAUCUCUUUCAAAGACAACAAGGAGCCUUUCCGACAGCUAGCUGUUUACAGUUCCAGCACUGUCUACAGAGAAGAGAUGAGUAAAGCACUAGAAAAAGCCAAAAACCCCAUUCUGGACCUUAAGCCAAUGAGCAGUCCAUUCCCAGACGUGAAGGCCUUUAUACAAGGUAACACAUUAGCAUCCCGCAAGAAGGUAAUGCCUAUAAUCACAGACUUCCUGAAGGAGAAGGAAAAGACAGUGUAUCCAAGUGGGAACAUAGAGGACCUAGAUCUGGACGAUGAUUCUAAUCAGGACCAGUGUGACUUACAACAGUGUCCCGAGGAUGCUGGGAUUGAGGAUGAUACCCAAUUUCCUCCAACGCCAAUGAACAGUCUGGUAGAGGGUUGUCCCUUAGACAAUGGCCUACCAAAAAUCAGUCCUGAGGUUUUGGUAGAGAAAGUUAGCAAGAUGGCCAGCAUGGAGGACACGUCUCCUGAGGGACAGUGAUGGGAAUCUGUUGUCAGAGAGAGUUUUGAAAAAGAGCUGGAGAAGGAAAGUCCUUCUGCGUCGUCUUCAAGAAAAUGAAGUGCAUAUCCUACAGUGCUGCAUCAGGGCGUGAGAACGAAAUGGCACUUUUUUGAUCUGGUUAUUUUAAAGCUACGGUACGGUCUGAAGAAACCAUUCUGUUGACUUGUUUUAAGAACUGGUACAUGAAUGGAGCAUUACAUAAAUGCAUUAUAUAUAAAUUAUUUUAUGUUUUCGUUAAAAAAACAAAUCACAUUUAGGCUGUUUAUUUAUUGUUCACAGUCAUAUUCAUGUUUGAUCUUCUAAAUUAAUCAGAAGUCUCAUUGAGACAAACAUAUCUAAAAUUGACAAUAAGCACCAAGUGCAAGCAAGCAGCUGACAAUGAAUUGUAUGAAUUUCCAGUAUUAUACAAUUAAUAAUAACAUGGUAGCUAUCAUUGCUUUUGAUGCCAAUAACAUACUUCAUUCUUUGUUGAUUCCCCCAGAAAAAUCAUUUUGACUUUUGAAUCGUUUUGACUGUAAAAUGCAUUUACAGUAACACUCUUACAGUAUUAUCUCAUGUGGAUACAGAGCUAAACAGAGGUAAACCUGGUUUACCUUUUAGCUGGUCAUGAUUUUAAUUAAACUUAUAAACAAUUCUAGAGUUGCAUAUGUACAUGGAUUUCUCAUCCCAACAGGAAUUGCGUAUACAUUCUUAAAUAUUUGCACUCUUUGCAGCAAAAAAAAAAAAAAAAAAAAAAAGGUAUAUAUAUAUAGAGAGAGAGAGAAAGAGAGGGAUAUAGAUAUACAUUUUUAUUUAUUUAUUUUGCUGCAAAUAGUCCAAGUAUAGAAGCACAUAUAUAUGCACUUUCUGUUUGGAGGAGUCAAAAUGAUUGCCUGGUAAUUGGCAGCAUGCCAAAGAUGCCGUCCAUAGAUGUUAAACUGAUGACGUUAUGUAAUUUUAUCUCAUGCAGCAGCAGAUGUAAAUGAAGAUAAACAUGCAUUGGAUUAGUACAUAUUGUUAUGAUUUCCCAAUAAUAUUGUAAAGGAGUUAUUGUGGGUACAUGAAAAGUGAGCGUAACCCCUCUGUGGCCUUUUGCAUGUUAUAGGUGUUAACUGACCCGCUCCUGGUUGGAAUCAGGGCACCUGCGUUUUAGUCAAUGAGAUUUUACCAUUUAACUACCAAAGACCUCAGUUGUAUUUGUGUUUGAGGCAUGUUAAACAUUUAAUCAUUUGAGAUUUAAAACUUCAGUGUUCUGUUAAUUUAUAUUAUGUUAUCUUACAUAAUUUAUUUGAUGAUUUGAUGGGUUUGGGUUCAUUAGGGUUGAAAAAAAAAAUUGUUUAAACAGUCCGUUUGAUUUGUUAUAUGACCGGCAGCUUAUUAGCACAUUCAUUCAUACUGGACUGUCAGUAUAAUUAUAAUAUUCUUUAUUUUAAAAAAUACAAAAGCGCAAUCAAGGGCACUUUACAGGCCUAAUUGGAUGAAUCUUAUAUAACGACUAUAAUAUUUUAUCAAAAAGUUAUAUAAAGAUGUUUCGUCCAAAAGAAGAAAAAGAGCUCAUUUAAACAGUUUUAAAAAAAAUCAGUUAAUAUCAGACUUGUUGGUGUUUUGAGGUGUUGUGUAUUCCCUGUGAAUUAACCCUGAUAGUUUGGUGAGAUCUGACAUAGUGACAGCAGAUGAUUGCUGCAUGCUGCCUCAGGAGAACUAAACACAUUUUUACUAGUCGAUUCCAUCAAACUAUAUAGCGCCAUUAUCAUAAGAUGUAUGAAAUGUUGACUUAUGUAAAUGUAAUAAUGUGCUAUGGUUGUGAAACAGGACAUUCAGGAGCACAUCCUCUGUCUUUUAUUGCCAAGGAGUUUUUUUUUUAUUUUAAGCUCUCUGUAUAAAUAAACCAUUUUCAAAUUGUUC